CAGGAAGUAGCCGCUUUCGCGAGGGUGGCGGUGCUGCUAACUUUUCUGAAGUUGUGGGAAGUAGAAGAGAAGUGUUCAUUUGUCAACGAUUGUCUUUAAAAUCUGCUUUUGCAUGUUCAUCUUAACUUUUAACAGAGUAAACCAGAACUGUAUCGUAGAAUCCUGAAAUAUUUUAAAACAUGCAUCUGUUUUAAUUUCGACUAGCUGGUUAGCCAGGUAGUAGACAUGCUGCGUUGCUAUUCUGCCAUCCAGAGCUCUCCAUGUUAACUGGGAGCUAAAAUUAUAUUUAACGUUAACUUAUCCAACCUAACUUACUGAGUCACUGUUGACUAAUCUUUAUUUGUGAACAAAAUAAAGUUAUAGCUAGCUAAUAUAUAUACACUUAUCUUUUACAAUCUGUCUUUUGGAUUCAACGAACAUGACGCCUGACCUCCUUAACUUCAAGAAGGGAUGGAUGUCAAAACUGGACGAGAAUGGAGAGUGGAAGAAGCACUGGUUUGUGCUGACAGAGGCCGGGCUGAGGUACUACAGAGAUUCCGGGGCGGAGGAGAAAGAUGACCUUGACGGAGAGAUCGACCUGAAAUCCUGUGUGAAGGUGUCCGAGUUUGAUGUGGAGAAGAACUACGGCUUCCAGAUACAGACUCGGGAGGCGGUGUUCACGCUGUCGGCCAUGACGGCGGGCAUCAGGAGGAACUGGAUUGAGGUUCUGAGGAAGAGCAUUCGGCCCAGCAGUUCCCCUGACCUCACACAGUUGCCUGACAGCAGUAGUGAUAAGGAGAAUUCCCACUGCCUGUCCCGCCCACUUUCGUCUCGCUGGCCAUCAACCCGGCAACCCCACUGUGACCCCAGUUCAGAGGUCACCACCUCUGCAGCCACACCGCACCGAUUUGACUACGUAGAACUGGCUCCCGUGCCAACAGCCUCUCCCCCACCAGCCGCCAAUCAGAGGGAGUGGCCAGAGCAGGUCACCGGCAGGGAGACGGGCCACAGCCAAUGGGAGGCCCUGUUGCACAGGAAGGAGGCGGGCUCUGGCUCUAACCAGAAGCUGCGAAUCGAGGAGGAGAUUGAGAAGAAGUGGGCGGAGUUUGAGAAGCUGCCCUUAAAGGAGAUGAGAUCGCUGCCACUGAUUGGCUCUCGUACUGGUCAUCAAGCCAACGAGGCGCUGCAGAGGGAGGUAGUGAGUGGAGCUGAUUUUCAAUUUGCACAAGAGCAAAUGAACAAAAUGAUAUGGGGGAGGGGCGGGGGAGGGUGUGGGCUGGAGGCGCCGUGCGGCCGCAGUCUGGCCGCGAUGGAGAAGGCCCACACGCAGGCGCUGGAGGAGAUGCAGAAACAGCACGAGCGCGAAACCAGGAAGUUGGAGAGGGACAGAGACAGGCUGCUGUGGGAGGAGACUCAGGCCACUGCACAAGCGAUGGAGGUGCUGAAGAAGGCGCACAGGGAGGAGCAGCAGAGGGAGGUGGAGAGGGUCAGGAGGCUGUGCGGAGGAGGUGGUGAUACUGAGACUCUGCACGCACAGCAUCAGUCAGAGAUGCGGGACCUACGGAGGGAGCUGGACAGCCUGUCAGAGAGAUACUCCCAGAAGUGCCUGCAGCUGAACAGGGCUGAGCAGAGCAGCGGGGAAAGAGAGAGGGAGAUCAGCCGCAGGGAGAGAGAGAUGGAGCAGCUGAGGAAGGAGAACCAGGAGCUACAGUCCAGUCUGAUGGAGGAGAUCAGCCACAUGCGCACCAAAGGUCAGGGGUCAGAGGUCAUCUCCCCAGACAACUGUGAGCGAAACUCCUGUGAACUAGAGGUGCUGUUGCGAGUGAAGGAGAAGGAGGCGCAGUACCUGUACAGGGAGAUCACCUGCCUCAGGAACGAACUGCAGUCUCUACACAUGGAGAAGCAGACAGCCUGUGACCGCUACAAGGAGGUGUACGCAGAGAUGAACCUGAUCAAGAGCCGCAGCGAGCAGGAGAUAGAGGCCCUGAAGGACCAUCUGAAGCUUGCAUUAGCUGCACUGCAUGAGAGAGAACUGUUUGGGAACAGCCUGGAGCACUGAGACUCACACAGUAACCAGGGCAAUGAAGAGAUGGUCCCUAAGGAAC